UCUUUCGUUGCAACAUACUGUCCCGUGGAGGCACCGCCUCUGAUCCUGCCUUCCGGUCCUACGGACUUCGAGAAGACACUCUAUCUCAAAACGAAUCGGCUGGGACUUUACACAUUCGGCGUCUUCUCUUUCCUGUCGUUGAGCGUGGGAAUGUGGCUGUUCGUCAUAUCAUUUGCCGCUUUUUACUGGUUCGGUGCCGUAGUCUUCCUCCUCCAAAUCUACCUCUUAAUCUCCUACACCGUCUCCAUCUGCGGCAAGGACUACGACAUCAGCAAACACCACAAGAUCCUCGAAGAACAUCCCAUCGAUCCACUCACCUGUCCGACCGUCGACAUCUACCUUCCCUGCUGCAAAGAGCCCAUCGAAGUGCUCGAGAACACCUACAAAUACGUCAAGCAACUCCAAUACCCAGCCCCCAAACUCAAAGUCUACGUCCUCGACGACGGAGCGAGCGAUGAAGUCAAAACCAUGGCCCAAAGUUACGGAUACAACUACAUCGUCCGCGAAGACCGACCCCGUCUCAAAAAAGCCGGAAACCUCCGCUGGGCAUUCGCUCGAACGGAAGGCGACUUCUUCACAAUCUUCGACGCAGACUUCUGUCCCCGCCCGGACUUCCUCCUCGAAACCCUCCCCAUCCACCUCUCCAAACCCAACACAGCAAUCGUCCAAACGCCCCAAUUCUUCCGCACCUCCACCAACCAAUCCUGGGUCGAACAAGGCGCCGGCGCCGUGCAAGAACUCUUCUACCGCGUCGUGCAAGUCAACCGCAACCGUUUCGGCGCCUCGAUCUGCGUGGGCAGCAACGCAGUCUACCGGCGCGCCGCCCUGGAAGAAGUUGGCGGCACGGCGGAAAUCGGCUUCUCGGAAGACGUGCACACGGGUUUCUACGCCGUGGAUCGAGGGUGGAAAGUGAGGUAUUUGCCGCUGUGUCUGGCGUGUGGGAUUUGUCCGGACACGCCGCGGGCGUUUUUCAGUCAGCAGAUGAGGUGGUGUAUGGGCUCAACCACCCUCCUCACGAACCUAGAUUUCUGGCGCAGCGGACUCACCCCGAUCCAGAAAAUCUGCUAUUUAUCCGGCAUGAUGUAUUAUUCCGCCAUCUCCCUGUCGAUUUUCAUGAACCCGCUCCCAGGGAUUUUGAUGUUGUGGUGUCGACCGCAAUACGUGCGAUACUACAACCUCGCCUUCGCGGUGCCGUCGAUCGUGUACUCCAUCAUCGCGAUCCGCUGCUGGUCGAAGGCUCGCUACGGGUUCAACGUGCAGUUCGUCAUGGUCAUACAAUCGUAUGCGUAUUUGACGGCGAUUAAAGAUCGGGUGUUCGGGAGGGCGUUGGCGUGGGUUCCGAGUGGGGAUACGAAGGCGCAUAAGAAUCACAAGUAUCGGAAUAUGAGGAUUUUGGCGUGGGGGUGGAUGAUGACGGUGAUGGGGGCGGUGAUUGCGGGGACGACGUAUCAGAUUUUGAAGGGGUUGCCGUGGUAUGAUUGUUUGCCGUUGAUUGUGUUGGAUGUGUUCAAUUUGUUCCUUGCACAUAGGUUUCUGGUUUGGAGUGGGAAGAUUUGA